AUGCCUCACAAAGAAGAAAGCAACAUCUCCGUCGUCGAGCUACACCCCACUUUCGCAGCUGAGGCGCGAGGCGUCAACUUCACCAAAGAUAUAGCUGCCGUCGACUUUGACCAGAUCAAGAAAAUGAUUGCCAAGGUAAUGCAGCGCCCAGGAACACAGCAACUGUCAAGCUGAAUUCCAUCAGUAUGGUGUCGUACGCUUCCCUUCUACCGGCCUUGAUGAUGCAGGACAUGUCGCAUUUGCAUCCAGGUUCGGAGAGCUGGACGACGUAAGCCCAUACAACAAGGCUGGCAAGAAGCAUAGGUUCGCCUUUGAGGAGCUGUUCGACGUUAGUAACUUGCUAGAAGACGGAUCCGUAGCGCCUCUGGACAGCCAUCGAGCUGCUAUGAACAAGGUGACAAGCCCCGCGUGUGGUUCGGAAACCCUGAAGCUCGCUAAGAUAUUCUCAGGGAAACUCUCUAUUCCAUGUGGAUAGCUCCUUCAAUCCCCGACGAGGCGGCUACAGUAUUCUGAGGGCCCAUGAGCUGCCACCGCCUGGCACAGGAGGAGCGACUGAGUACGCGGACACCAGAACUGCAUGGAACGAUCUUCCCGAGGACUUGCAAGAGGAGCUACUGGAGAAGGACUACGUUGCGUGCCACUCUCUUUAUCAUUCCCGUAAAACUGCAUCCCCCGAAGCCCUUCCCGGUGUCAAUCCGGAAGACCACUUCAUGAGCCGCCAUCGUCUAGUCCAGCGACACGAGGCCAGUGGACGUAUGAACAUCUACAUUGCAAGUCAUGUGCACCAUAUCGAAGGCCUCAGUCCAGAGAAGUCACAGGCGUUGAUUGAGCAGCUGUACAAUCAUUGCUGCCAGCAAAAGUACGUGGUGAGCAUCCCUUGGGAGAAUGCAGGAGACAUGAUUUUGUGGGACAAUACUUGUGUCAUGCAUCGGAGUACUGGAGGAAGUUUUGAGGGCAAGUAUGCACGCGGUAAGUAGCAUCCCAGCCACCCAGCCGAAAUCUGUAUGCUGACUAUCUCAAAGACAUGCGUCGGGCGACGGUUCAUGACAGCAGCACGCAGGCCUGGGGAUUGAAUGAGCAAAGCGUUGAGAGAAUGGGCUUUCCGUAG